AUGGAAAUUACUUACAGCUAUAGGCCAUGUUUCGAUCCCGUCUUCGAAUCAGUCAUUGAAAGACUACACCCUCCCAGGGUCUCUAUUGAUAACAUCACAUGCGAAGACUGCACGCUUGUAAAGGUUAGUAAACCAAAUGAGCCUAGAAGUGUGCCUUAG